AUGUCGAGUCGGUGGGACAGUCCCAGCAAUGAGGCGCAGGCUUCUGCCUCAACCUCCUCCUCGGCGUCCACGUCGGCUGCCGCAGCGGCCGCGGCUGCUGCUGCAGCCAAGAUUGCCGCCCAAUUCGCAUCCAAAGGCCAGCAAUCCUCAUCCGUACCUAACGACGCUGCAUCCUCCGCCUCUGAUGCGCAACGCAAAGACAAGGACGCGCACGAGGCCGAGUUCACCCACGACAUUGAAAUCAAUGACCAGCGCAACCGAUACAUGCUCACCAAGGGCCAAACACAACAGCAGAUCCAUCGCGAGACCGGCGCCAGUGUCACUACAAAGGGCACAUGGUACCCCGACAAAACGCUCGCCACAAAAGAGGACCCGCCACUCUAUCUCCACGUUAGCGCCAUCUCCCAAGACAUCCUCGACGCCGCCAUCGCCAAGAUCAACGAACUCAUGGCGGUAGAGGUUCCUCAACUUGUGGAAGACCGACAUCAGCGCAGGCUCGACUAUGAGAACCAACGCCCACCACCAAGAGAGCGUCGCAGAUGGCCCGAAGAGAAAGUGCCGGUCAACCUGGAGAGCAUUCGUAACUUCAAUGUGCGCUCAAAGCUCGUCGGGCCUGGUGGAAUGUUUGUCAAGUACAUCCAGAGCGAGACGGGCACGCGCGUGCAGAUCAAGGGCAUGGGGAGUGGGUUCAUUGAGAGCGAUACGGGCGUCGAGAUGCCCGAACCCAUGCAUAUCGCCAUCGCGGGUCCCGAGGAUGAGCAGAUCAAGGCUGCAAAGGUGUUGGCAGAGGACUUGAUGGAAGUGGUGCGCUCCGAGUGGCAGAAGGCUUACGAUGCGAUGGGGCAAGGAUAUGGCGGUGGGCCCGGUGGCCAGAGAGGCGGCUAUGGCGGAUACGACGGUGGUGCAUCAAGAGGUGGUGCUGGAGGAGGUGGAGGCUACGGCCGCUCGCACGGCUAUGGCCGAGGUGGCAGUCCCGCAGGUGCUGGCGGGUACUCCCAUCACCACCAACAACAGCAGGGAGCAGUUUGGGAUCAGCAACGCGGAUGGAAUCAGAACCAUCAUCAGCAACAGCACCCACAAUCAUACCCCUACAACUCGCGACACAACGGUGACCCAGCACCACCACCCACCGACGACGGCGGCGCAGUUGCUCCUCCCCCUCCCCCUGAGGACGACGUCCCGCCUCCGCCCCCCUCGGACUCUGCAUCGCACCGAGCCCCUUCGGCUGCGGCGACCGCGACAUCUGCCAUGUCGCCCGAGGAGGAGGCGCUCAACAAGUACUGGCGCGAAUAUGUGGAAUGGGAAGACAGCUUCAGGGCCUACCACAACCGCGCGCCAUCCAAAGAGGAAGGCGGACAAGACGUGCCGCCUCAGUUCCGCAAGUAA